CUUUUGAUUGUAACGAAUGCUAACGAAUCUUGGUUAUUUUAUACAUCAAGUAGAUUUAUUUAUUUUAAUAACUUGUAGUGUUAACGGAUAUUAAUAAUGUGACCCUAUUUCCUGUUUUAUGUUUACCCUUUUUUAAAUGAUUAAAUUGGUCUCGGGAAGAUUACAUGGCGUAUAAUGAAAAUUCCAGCUCCAGCAUGCAGGAUGACCGGUCGAAGGCGUCUCUGCAAUUGCAGAUAGAGCGCCUUCAAGUUUUGCGGGCGAAGCUUAACACUGUAGCAGAGGAGGAUUACGUCAUCGUCAAAGAAGAAGUACAACGUAGCGGCUAUGAGUCAGAGAGUAGCGAGUAUUCAGAGGACUCGGCGGCGGCCUACGAGGAUGUCACGACUACAACCAAAAGCUCUGGGCCGAGGAAGAAUAUCAACAGGGGGAGAUGGACGAAGGACGAGGACAAAAGGCUCAAGAUAUACGUGAAGAUGUAUAACGAGAACUGGGAGCUGAUAGCGUCGCAGUUCUCAGACAGGUCCGACGUUCAGUGCCAGCAGCGCUGGACAAAGGUCGUCAACCCCGAGCUAGUCAAGGGACCGUGGACCAAGGAGGAAGAUGAAAAGGUCGUAGAGUUAGUUCAAAAAUAUGGUCCCAAGAAGUGGACAGUCAUCGCGCGACACCUCAAGGGCAGAAUAGGGAAACAAUGCAGAGAGCGGUGGCACAACCACUUGAACCCUUCUAUAAAGAAGACCGCAUGGACGGAGCACGAAGAUCGCGUCAUAUACCAGGCGCACAAGCAGCUAGGGAACCAAUGGGCUAAGAUUGCCAAACUACUGCCGGGCAGAACGGACAAUGCAAUAAAGAACCACUGGAAUUCCACGAUGAGAAGAAAGUUCGAGCCGGAGAUGCUGGACAGCUUCGAGAGCCUGCGCCGGCGGGGGCGGGUAAAGCGCGAUCCUAACCCAUACACUGACCAAAGUGAUACACUGCUGCAAGUCGCAUAUAACGAUGACUGGGACUCGUUCAACGACUCGAGCCAAAGCGGCUCAAGCCAGCCGGCCUCCAAGCAAGUGAUGCGGUUCCGACAACUACUGAAAGAUCAGCUCAGCAACAUCCAGCAACAGACGAUGGUGCGGGUCAAGUCGCCCGACCGCGGGAACCUGGUCGCCGCCGAUGUGGAGAUCUGUGAAUCGCCGUUCAAAUUCAUCAACCUGGAAACGUUGCCCACGGAUUCUCCGCUCAAAGGCUACCUUUCCAACGCAUCGGGUACUACUAACAAAGAUAACGUCGUAACAUAUGCCGUGCAACCUGACUCGACGCGGGAGAUCGUGGUGCCGUCGUCGGUCUACAUGAGCCCGAAGAAGUCCUCCGUGACCAGCAGCCCGCCGCCCAUCCUCCGCCGGCGGAACAAGAAGCACAACACGAUCACGCCUAACCGUAACGCCUGGUCAGAGACCAUAAACAAAGCGAUGGAGACGACCGGAGCGACGCCAAUCAAGGCGCUGCCGUUCAGUCCGUCUCAGUUCCUCAACUCGCCCGCCGCGCUCUCUUUCCCUCCGUUUGAGGCCACGCCUUCUUCGCUCUCGCAGCAGCUGCAUACUAGGGAUUGGGGUCCACUAGCGAGUCCCCUACUGCACACGCCCACGCCCGCGCUGAGCUGCAGCCCCAACCUCACGCCCAUCAACAGCCACAGCAAGCACAGGAGUAACACGCCCAAAACUCCAACUCCCUUCAAAAUAGCAAUGGCUGAGAUUGGCAAGAAAUCUGGUAUUAACUACGAGCCGUCGAGUCCGGGUCUUCUCGCGAAGGACAUCACUGAGAUCAUAGAACGGGAGGAGUCGGACAGCACGGUGCAGCUCAAUGACUCCAUGCUGUCGUCCACGGCUGAUCAAGACGGGACGGCUGUUCAGGUGAACGACUCCGGCAUCGGCAGCCUGAAGCGGCGCGCGUCCGAGCAGGGCAAGGAGAACCAGCCGGGGACGCUGACGGUGACCGCAGGCCCGGGCUUGGGCUCGGGCUCGGGCUCGGCGCCGCACAAGCGCGCGCGCAAGGCGCUCGCGCACGCGCACGCCUGGGGCGCCGCCACCUCCACGCCCAGCGCCGCCAGGGUGCCCGACGUCGCUUUCAUCGUCGAGACCCCGAGCAAAACACUUGCCGGUGAUAGUUCAGUGAUGUUCUCGCCGCCGUCCAUCGUCAAGAACUCGCUCGCCGAAGAAUCCACCAGCCUGCACAGCCUGAUGAGCGCCGAAAACACCCCCGAAACACUCAAAUACGAGGAGCUUGAUAUUGAAACGGUCGAAAAAACAAAGGUACAACACAGGUCCUAUGUCCCUACUAAUCCCUUACCCGACGACCUAGACCCUAACAUGUACUACUACGUAACUCCUGAACAUAGCAACCCUACCGUCUUUAGAAAUAUAACUAAUAUAGAAUCCCCUAGAACCUUCGCGAGGUUAAACGCAGAUAGGUUAAGAACCAUCACGUCGGGAAAUGAUUUAUCAUGUGAAAAUAAUUCGAAUCUGAUAGCUCCCAAAGAGAUACUGGCUAAUGCUCUAGCGGACCAUAUUUAUAAAGUGACCAAUCAGAAACCAUCGACGUCGAGGAUAGACGAAAUUUUAACCAAUAAAAUAAUGAGUAGGAGCGCCGAUUAUACGCAAAAAGAAAAUCAAUGGUGGCAAAUGGAAAACAAAGAUUCGGGUCAAACCGAUGAAAUGUUUUCUAGUGAUUAUUAUGUGUUCUCCGACAUGUGAAUUCGCGUUAAGAUUUUUAUUAAUUCCAAUAAAUGGAUUUACUUUUUAAAUGGAUUUAUAUUUAAGGUAUGCACGUAUUAAUUAUUUUUAUGGACUGCGUAGCUAACGUAAUUCAAAAGUUUAAAUUAUGUCGAUUUUAAGUACGUUUUAGGGUUUUAUUAGAUGUAAGAGCACCAAACAACGUUUAACGAGAUUAGAACGUAGGAACCAAAGAUGAAAACUUCAUCAGAUGAAUCGUUGUGAAUUAAUAUAUUGGUAAAACUUUAGUUGUAAAAAUUAAUUAUAAAAUAAUGUAAUAUUAACGAAAAAAUAUACCUCAAGUUUACCAUGCACCAAAUUAUUUUAGUGUUAUUUCGGUUAAGAAUUUCAAGUAUUAAGAUAGGUAUGCUUUGUUUUUGUAUAAAAUGGAAUUUCGGGACUCCAAAAAUAAAUGGGCUGUUAUCGCAGUAUUCAAAAUACUUAAUUAAAAACAUUAGCUAUAAAGAUCAAUUAAAAAAAAAUCAAAAAAUUCAAGAACUCGCGAGUUAAAAACGAUAUAAAUACUAACAUAUCCCUUUAGGCGUCCCCAUCCUGUCCUGUAUUUAUUUAUUUAGAAUUUGUUAAUAGCAUUUUGCUUUGUAAUUUUGCGUAUAAAUUGAUUAACGUUUUUCUAUUAAUUUAUCUAAUAUUUCGACUAAAAUCGUCUCACUGACGCGUUGGUUGUGGAAUUGUGUAAACUAUUUAUUCUGUCAUCUUUGUUAAAACCUUAACAAUUUUAAAUAUAAAUCGGCAGCUAUACUUAAAGAGUACUUUAUUUGAAAUAAACAAAUGACAUUACCCCAUAUACCCGCUCCUCGCCCACACCUCACCUCACCACAAUAUUGACAGACCAGUGUUGUUUUUUUUUAUUUAUAAAAAACUUAUUUAUCUUGUUAAAUUGUUUUUUUUUUUGUUACUAUUUAUAUUCUUUAAAAUGUUUUAAUUUAUUUUAUAGUCGUAGUGCCUCUGUAUUAUGGCAACCUUUUGUAUUAAUUUGCGUAUUUUUUUCUUGGUAGUUUAAUGUCACUGUCAAUAUUGUAUUAUUGUAUUUCCACUCCCAAAGAGAUCCAAUGUCAUUUUUUAUUUCAAUAAAUGUAUUUUGGAAGAUU